CUUGAUUCGGAUAAGCGUGCAGAGUUUGACAUUCCAGAGCGCUUGACAUUAACGAAAAAAUAACGUGACAAAUUCAAAAAGCUUCAAAAUUCUGGACAACAAACCCCGCAAAAGGUUCCAACGAUGUCCACCUUCGUGGCGCGCCGUUCGCGCCGCAUCGAGCAACUUACCCGGCUGGCCAGCCAGUCGGACCUGUACCCGCCGGAGAUUUGGGAGCACAUCUUCCGCCACCUGACCGGCCUGCAGAUCCUGCGGACGCGCCUGGUUUGUCGCCGCUGGCGGGACAUAAUCGCCGGUUGUCCGCUGCUGAUGCGGAAGCUCCGGAUUCGCUUCGAUAACAGAAGGUAUAGAGAACUGGUCGACGAUUUUCCGUUGCUUCCGAUAACGGAGAUAAGCAUCCUGGAGUAUUCCGUUGUUGUCGCGCCUGACUGGUGGCCUUGGGUAAGCCAAAAGCUGACCUAUCUGACAUUGUUCGAUUGUGGUGUGAAGGUAUCGCUGCUUCUUGGAAUGCUUCAGCAAACUUCCAACCUUCGGUGCUUGAAGAUUCGAGAAUGUUUCCUGGAAGGGACCGCAGAACUAAACGUCCAGUUUCCACAGCUGGAAGAGCUUACUCUGGACAAAGUGGAGUAUGACCACUACGACGACAAUGAGUACACGAACCUGCUGGACAUCUUUGAGAAAAUCUUUCCCCGACUAAGAGAUCUUCGUAUCAGGAAGAUUGGGGAAAAUGGGUUCAACGUUGAACGUCUCGUACCAGCGAUUCGAGCCCUUGCAAGCACACUGGACGCGUUGGAAAUGGACUUCGCCGAGGUGAACGUUCUUCGCGAUCUGCCCGAGCUGACCCGGACCCGACUGCGCCGAAUCUCUGUCCAUGUUGACCCGUAUUUUGAGUUGGACAGAUGGUCCCGUUUCUUCCGCGCGCAACCUCAACUCGACGAUUUGGUGAUAUUCACGACUAACUUGAGCACCAACAUGGUAAAAUUAGAUUCAAACUUUCCUUGCUCGAUAUUAACGCUCGCUCUGUCCUAUUACAGAUGGUGUGCGACAUCGGGCGGGCCGUGUCGAAUCUAAAGCGACUCAAACUACACGUCACUAAUACCUUCUCCACUGACUUUCUGGAAUUUAUGCCGAACUUGGAGUACUUGGAGCUGCACGGAGAAGUCUUUGAGGAUAUCCUUCUCUACAAAAGGGGCAGCCCUCGCCUGACGGAGC